UUGAAAGAAAUGUCCAAAAAUGGACGUCUGCAAUAUUUAAUCAUCCGCCUUCCUCUUUUGAUCGCCAUCAUGGGACUCUUACUUCGGUCCUCCGUCACCUCGUGUUUCCCAUGUGUCCAGGCCUACAGCAUCUUCGUUUACAUACUUGAAUUUCCCUCGGCAUCAGGCGCGAGAUAGUAUACGCACGCCUUUCAAUCAGUCCCCCGCAAGUCCUGUAACAAAGGCUAUCACAAGAAUAGCAGAACAUUCGCAGCGCAUCAACCAACAUCGUAACUUUAUCAUGUUCAGCAGCCUUUCUAGCACCUUCGCAGCAGCAGCAGCAAACGCCGGCGGGGCCAAGGGAGAUGCCAAAAAGUCCAUGUCCCCAUCACUUCGUGCAGAUAUCUAUAGUGCCGUUGAUCAGGCAAAGCCCUGGCUCAUUGGGGGUACUGUGGGUAGACAAGCCGGUGAUGGCGUCGCCUAUCAGCCUAUAAUCGCCAGAAUCCACGAGCACUUCCCUGAUAUGAAAGUGGGAUUAGAUGCAGCACGAAACAUAGAGCAUGAAGUGGCAGUUAUUGUCGCUGGCAUCACGAACAUGAUCCUCGAGAUGAGCAAGUGGGACGGAAUGGCCGGAGCUAUGGCCAUGCGCACGUGGGUUGACGCUCUCAGUGAUGCACACGGCAAGAUAAGCAGCGCGUCUACCGAAGCAAAAAGCGGUCCUCGGAAGGACCAAGUUGGACGAGGAAUCACCAGGGGCAUCAAUCAGUUGACCGACGUCACCCUGAUGACAAGAGAGUUUGCGGCGAGAAUACAAAUAAUCUCGCUGUUAAAGAGCGUAAACACGAAGAUCCAUGGCGCAGGGAGCGAUGAAGCGAGACAGGGAGAAGCGCUGUGGAGCUCAAAGUUCAUUUGAUCAAUCCUCUUAGAAUUCGCAUUUUUAGACGUUGUCGAAAUUGGCGGGUCAGGAUGCUUCGUUGUAGCUUUGUUUUCCGCCGAGCAUAUUUGCCUUGCGCCUC